UUUCCUUCUCGCUCUUUUGGCGCACGUGUUUUGUUUAUGUUUUAAAUUAAUAUUUAACGAAAUGGAAAACCAGGAAAAUGCAAUAGAAUUGCAGUCAAAUGUGGUAGACACUGAGGAAUCAAAGGAAGACAAACAAAGUGAACCAUUGGAAAAGCAACAGAACAAUGAGAAGGCACCAAUUGAGUCGGAGUCAAAAACCGUUGCCGGUGCUGGUGCUGAGAAGGGCCAGCAAUAUGCCUACCUGGAUCGAAAUGAAUUUACCUCGGAAAUCUAUAAGAUCGAAGUAAAAAAUAUGGGUUACUUUGGUGUUGGGGAAUUCAAAAAACUCUUGAAGAACACCCUGAAGCUAGACAUGACCAAAAUUAAGUCGCCAACCCGCAAGGAAUUUGCGUUUGUUUGCUUUCGCACCAAGGCAGAUCAGCAACGUGCCCUAGACACACUUAAUGGCUACAAAUGGAAGGGAAAAAUAUUGAAAGCUUUCGAGGCCAAAGCAUCAGCAGAUCCCCUACAUAAACGCAGAGCUGAAGACGAAGCCAAUAACUCAGGUCAACCCAAAAGACGGAAGACAGCAGUAGAAGCCACCUGUCCCCUAGCCGCAUUGCCCUAUGAAGACCAAUUAAAAACGAAAACAGACGAAAUGUCAAGUCUACUUAAGAAGUACACCCAGGAACUGAGAAAAGUUAAUCCCGAGGCCAAGCCACAUUUGGAUAAAUUUCAGUUCGAAGGAGUUAUACCAUCAACCACUAUAAAUGGUUAUCGCAAUAAAAAUGAAUUUACCGUGGGCAAAAACAACAAUGGAGAAAUUGUCGUUGGCUUUCGCUUAGGCAGCUACAGUGAUGGAUCCGUUGAAGUGGCUGAGAUUCAGGAGUUGCCCCACUUGCCGGAUGCUGCAAAGUGGGCAGCUGAGAGUUUCCAACGUCUGGUGAGGCAAUCGAAAUUCUUGCCAUUCAAUCCUGUCGGCAAUGUUGGACAUUUUCGUCAACUGAUGGUACGAUAUUCAAACUCCGCGCAUGAACUAAUGCUUGUGGCUGGCGUAUAUUCCUCGAAUUUGAGUGAGACAGAGCAGCAUGAACUGAAAGAGGAGUUGAAAACGUUUUACGAACAACAAGUCGAUCCGGAUUCCCCCUACAAAUGCUCUUCACUCUACUAUCAGGAUGUAAAGCAUCGUGAGGCUGGCCAAAUGGUAAAUCCAGUUGAGCAUCUACUGGGAUCCACACACAUCACAGAUACUAUACAGGGACUGCAAUUCCGUAUUAGCCCAUUGGCUUUCUUUCAAAUCAAUACAGAAGGAGCAAAUGUUUUAUAUCAAAAAGCCAUCGAUUUGGCAGCGCCCACCAAAGAUUCCACUGUCCUGGAUAUUUGCUGUGGCACUGGGACUAUAGCUUUAUCUUUUGCCAAGCAUUGUAAAAAGGUUCUGGGAGUGGAAAUUGUGCCAGAUGCCAUUAAAGAUGCUGAAUUCAAUGCCGAAGCGAAUGGGAUUAAAAAUUGUAAAUUCUUCACUGGCAAUGCUGAUGAUUUCAUCAAGAGUAUGGUGCAUGAAGCCUUGUAUGAUCAAGAAGUGGGCAAAAAAGGUGACCUAAUUGCCAUAGUGGAUCCACCCAGAGCUGGAUUGCAUAAUCGCUCUAUUGCUGCCAUUAGAUCAGCCAGCGCCAUUACACGCCUGGUCUAUGUCUCUUGUAAUCCUCAUAUUGCCAAAAGAAAUUUCAUUGAGUUAGCUCGCCCGGAAUCUAAGCAAUAUAAAGGAGAACCCUUCUAUCCGAAAACGGCUCUGGCAGUCGAUAUGUUUCCGCACACAUCGCACACGGAAUUGGUUAUUCUGUUUGAGCGUGAGGCAAGACGAGAUGCAAAAGCAGAUGCAGAUCCAGAGGCAAACGAAAGCCCAAAUUCAAUCAGUGAGGCAGACAGCAAAGAGACAGAAUCAACAGGCCUUUACACGCACUUACCCUAGACGGAAUUUGUCGUGUGAGAUUGUGGUUUCUGAUCUUUCGCUUGCUCUGUCUCUCUCCCUCUCUCGCUCUCACUAUCGCUGUCUCUCACUCGCAUCUUAUCUGCUGAUGUGUUAUAUUAUGUCGUUCAUCAUUGUCUCUUUGUGCUGCGGCCGCUUCGACUUUUAUUGUUUUAAAUUGAUUUAAUUCUAUUUACGCUACUCUGUGCGGAUGUCUGGUGCGACACAAAAGCUGACUUCCUAUUUAGUUGUAACAUCAGAAGUGAGAAGAUCAUCGUCAUUAUUAGUUCUCUUUGGAUUUUGUGCGUGAUAAGAAAGAAAAGUGCUAAUGCAAACGAGUUUCGCACAACACAAAUAUCGAAGAACCAAUAACACAAAGUGGAAUCUUUAAAAACCAAAAAACAUAAAAAAUACAAUAUAUAUACAUAUAUACAUAUAUACGUAUAUACAUUUAUAUAUCAGUGUGAGAAGUUCACUUCAAGUCCAACGCCCUCCCACCACCUGAGUCAAGGGCAAACAAAGCAACGUUCAUUGAUCAUGUCUGAACAGGUAUGAGAAUUGUAUUCCAUAUUCCGCAAUUAGAUAAUAAGUUAACUGAACUGAACUUUAAAUAUCCAUUGACAAUAAUAAAGCGUGCCUGAGACUAUAACUAAACUGCAAGCCAAACUGCACGAAAACAAAACAAACGUAAGAAUUAUUUUUCAAAAACGACAACUAACUGGAUUGAGAACAAAGUUCAAUGUCGAUUUUUGUUUUGUUUUAAAUUUAACAUUCAAGGAGAAUGUUGGCCAAAUAAAUUUGUAUGCCAUUUA